UCGAAUUCGCUUUCCUAGGAAACAAACAAAUGGACGCCACCUACGACUGAACGCUUGCCUCCACUUUUCCUUCUCUUUCUUCUUUAUUCUCCCCCCGGGGGGGUUUUGUAUAUGAAACUAAUUUGCUCAGAACCUUUGAACCUUGUAGUGUUCUCUCCAUCUCCUCGUUCCUUCACUUCAUGAUGGGAAUCGGCUUUUCGUCCUUGUUUGCGGACCGGAAUGGGUCUCAGAUUGUGCCGUCAAAACCCUCUUUGGGGGAUUUACCUGAGAGCUGUGUAGCUUUGAUUCUUGGAUAUAUGAAUCCUUCGCAGAUAUGUGAAUUAGCUGGGUUGAAUCGGACCUUCCGUGGGGCGUCCUGGGCCGAUUUUGUUUGGGAAUCGAAGUUGCCUCCCAAUUAUGACGUUCUUAUCAGGGAAAUUUUCGAUGAUUUACCUAGGGAUUUGGGGAAGAGAGGGAUUUACACUAGGCUGUGCCGAAAGAAUACUCUUGAUGAAGGCACAAAGAAAGUUUGGCUGGAUGGAAGCACCGGUAAACUUUGUUUGUCCAUAUCAUCCGACGGACUUUCAAUAACCGGGAUUGAUGAUCGAAGGUAUUGGAAUCAUAUCCCGACUGAAGAAUCUAGGUUCCAUACCGUCGCAUAUCUUCAGCAAAUCUGGUGGUUUGAAGUUGAUGGUGAAGUAGAGUUUCCAUUUCCAGCAGGAACAUACAGCCUAUUCUUCAGACUACAUUUGGGACGAGCCUCCAAACGAUUUGGACGAAGAGUUUGCAAUACUGAGCAUGUGCAUGGUUGGGACAUAAAGCCUGUACGAUUCCAGCUAUGGACCUCAGAUGGACAGUCGGUUUCAUCCCAGUGUUUCCUGAAAGAGCCUGGGAAAUGGGUUUUCUACCAUGCAGGCGAUUUCGUGGUUCAGAAUGGGAAUGCAUCUACAAGAGUUAAGUUCUCUCUGACUCAAAUUGAUUGCACCCACACAAAAGGUGGUCUGUGUUUAGAUUCUGUUGUGAUAUAUCCAAGUGAGCUCAGAAAGGUUAAGGCAUUUUUAAACUGUUGUUAGCCAUCUGAGAGGAGAGUAGGAAUUAGACUGUAAGUGUAUGAUAAAUGUGUCAAAUAGGAGAUUAGGUCGGCUUAAUGAGAGCUAGAGAAUCGAGUUUUAGAAUGGUUCUUUUUGAAUUAGGUGUUUAUAGGAAGCGAUGUAAAAUUUACUACUUCAGUGAAGUAAUGCCACUUGAUGUUUAUGGUUUUGGUCUCGAGCUAUUAUUUUAUUCACCUUCAUGAAUCUUUAUUGUUGAAUUAUUAUUUGAAUAUUCAAGCACCAUUAGAUGGUUCA